UUUAUGUAACGUGUAGACCAGAGAGGUUCGGCAACAGUUCCAGCUGGCUCUCAUGCUGUAUUGUACAGAGAUGGCUAAACAAUUUGUAACAGAAUAGAAUAGCUGGUAUCAGACGCUGUAUGUCACCGCUGAACAAUGUCUCUCCAGGCUCCCGAAGAAGAAGACCCGUUGAAGGAGAAAGGGGGAUUUUUCAUAGCGCCCGAAAGCGACUUCGAUUGGGACGAAGAAGAGGACCAUGUAGAUCACCAGAGACUAAUUUUAUUAAAAGCUGACGCUUUGGCGUCAGAAAACCGUCUUAAAGAAGCCGUCGAUAUAUUUUCUAUGGCUUUGAGGUAUGGUUCUGUACGACCAGAUCAGCUCACUACCUUGGUGGAGUGCAUUCUGCGGAACUUCAAGAAAAAGGUUGAGGAGGAAACGCCUUCGAUUUUGAUAAACACUCAUCAGGCAGGUGCCGAGGAUGACAUCUUCAACUGCCCAGGAUGUCACGUAUUUCUUGGCGAACCUGUCACGGUCAUCUGUGGGCAUUCUUACUGUAGGAAAUGUUUACAACUUGGCAUUUUCUCUAAAUGUAAGGUGUGCAAUGAGGACUUAAGGAUAAGGCCAGGACUGUGCCGAACAAAUGUGAUUCUCAACGGACUUUUCGAAAAAUGUUUCCCCGAUGAAAUGAAAAGGUCUAAAACGAUAACUGAGACAGAUUGUUUAAUCAGAGCAAAAAAGUUUGAAGAGGGUCUUGCAUUAGCUAACAGUGUAAUAAAUACGGACCCUGGUGAUGUUCGUGUCCGUGCUUCCCGUGCCGAUGCCUUGGUGGGGCUGGGGCAGCAUCUGAAGGCCCUGGAAGAUCUGGACAUUUGCUUGACCUCUGCCCCCUCACCAGAGGGCUAUUACCGUAAGGCCAAGGUCUUGCAAGAGAUGGGUGAGGUCGAUGAAUCACUUCAAGUCUUCCUGCACUGCCUGGCUUUGGAUGAAAACUUCUGUCAAGCCAAGCGGGAAGUAGAGCUGAUCCUCCAUAGCCUGCUGUCUCCGGCCUGUGACAGUGUGAAGGUUGGCCUGCGUGACACGGCCCAUAACACCUCCCAGCACCUGCGCAGCAAGGCCCAGGUGUCAGACCUCUCCCAGGAGAAGAGUCAUUCCCAUGCUCCAGUGCAGCAGCAGCAGGUCCCCUGCUCCCCCCAGCGUCAGGCACCUCUCCGGGCCGCUUCUGCCCACCCCCAUCCAGGCCCUCCUGAGAAGGCGGGUCGGUCUGAGAGUCUGGAGCGGUCAGGCCUGAGCCGAGCUCACUCCCUACGCACCCACGGCGGGAUCGGAGAGGAGGGCCUGAAGCGGGUCUGCUCCGCGCCCCAGUUAGGUGACCAGGAAAAGGCCUUACUGCUCAAAAGGAAGUUGUCAUCAUCAGGAGCCGGAUCGUCUGUUGUCCACAGCGGAGCCAACAAGCAUAAAAAGCAAGGAGUGACCGCAAGUGCUCGCGGUAGCAGAACCUCCCCUACCUCCCACAGGACUCUGAGCAGGGACUUGCUGGACCCCAAUGACUUUGAGUGCUCCCUCUGUAUACGAUUGUUCUAUGAGCCAGUGACGACACCCUGCGGCCAUACCUUCUGUAAAAGCUGUCUGGAGCGCUGUUUAGACCACACACCUCAGUGCCCCCUCUGCAAAGAGAGUCUGAAAGAGUAUCUUGCCGCUAGAAAAUACAACGUUACAAGUGUCCUGGACAGUGUAAUAAAGGAGCACCUAUCAGAAGAGCACUCGGAGAGGGAGAUGGUCCACGUGGAGGAGACCAAAGAGCUGUCUGACCUGACGAAGAGCGUGCCCAUCUUCGUGUGCACCAUGGCCUAUCCCACAGUGCCUUGCCCGCUGCACGUUUUUGAGCCGCGUUACCGCCUCAUGAUCCGCCGCUGCAUGGACACGGGCACACGCCAGUUCGGCAUGUGCAUCAAUGACUCCCAGAAGGGGUUUGUGGACUACGGCUGCAUGCUCUUGAUCCGGAGCGUCCACUUCCUUCCUGAUGGACGCUCAGUGGUGGACACCAUCGGGGGGAAGCGCUUCCGUGUGCUUUCCCGCAGCAUGAAGGAUGGAUACUGCAUUGCUGACAUACAGUACCUAGAAGACACCAAGGUGAGUGAUGGCGAGGAGCUGCUCAAACUGCAGGAGCUGCACGAUCAAGUGUAUGAGCAAGCCUGCACCUGGUUCCAGAACCUCAAAACCAGAUUCCGUAACCAGAUUCUACAGCACUUUGGGCCAAUGCCUGAGAGAGAAGCAGACAUCCAGGCUACUCCUAACGGGCCGGCGUGUUGCUGGUGGCUGCUGGCGGUGCUGCCGGUGGACCCUCGCUAUCAGCUGUCCGUGCUCUCCUUGCCCACGCUACGCGAGCGCCUGCUUAAGAUCCAGCACAUCCUCACCUACCUGCAGAGCAUCCCCAACGAAUAGAGCUUCCAGACGCCGCCACGCACACACACACACACAUACUGUACACGCACAUACACACACGCACAUACACACACACACACGCACGCACAUACACACACGCACAUACAGACACACACACAUACACACACACAUACCAGGCAAGAGACAGAUUUCUCAGCGUCAGACAGCCGACUUGUGCCCGUCCGUCUGCCCUGUCUUGGCACGGUCCGAUGUCUGGGGAUGAUGGAGUGAUGGCAGAUGACCUCCUUACAGCAGCUGCAGCAGCCUCGGACGUGGAAACUGAGACACUACCAGCACCAACACUUACCCAACACACACCAUCUUCUGACGUCUCUCUCUCAUGCUGACUAUUCUUCUUUCCUGACCUCUCCCUUCUUCCCCCUCUCUUUCAGACUCCUCUCUCUCUCUCUCUCUCUCUCACUCUGAUCAGUCUUCAUGCUCUGAUAUUUCUCUCUCGGACUGUCUGCAUGUACAUCAGUGGCAAAACAUUUAUGCCAGCACAAGCACUCUGUCAAAUCAUGUCUAUUUGACUGUCUAGGAAUGAGCUUUUCUGUCAUGGCCCAUGGUGGGCCAAGCAACAGAAAGGCAUGUUGGUCUUCAUAGUCUCAAUUUCAAGGACUUAGCUAUGUGUGUUACCCCAGAUGUGUGCCUGUGUUACUUUUAGGGUAGAUAAGUCUCGGAAUAUCCUGAAUGCUGAGGGAAUGCUCAAAUCCCAUUCUUCCUUAAUUCUCCUAAUUAAGGAUAGGUGAGAAAGUAAAGCAGAUCCAUAAACUUUCUUUUUUGAAAACACGGUGGGGAAAAGAAUGCAAGAAACAAAGUGCCGGUUUACAAAACAAAAAGAACGCAACUUUUUACGAAUCUUAAUCUUCCAAGCGUCAGGCCUCUUCUGUCACUAAGUUUAUUACGCCGAGUACGCACAAAGUGGCCACCCCAUAGCUACGGGUUGGCCACAAAUCCACUACUUUGUUGACAGAGGGAAACAAAGUGUGAUUGGAGGAGGGUACAUUUGACCCAUGAUUUUAUUUGUUUGUAUUUUUUCUGUUGGUUUCCAUGACCGCCAAGCAUAUUGAUCAUUAAAAAAAAAGAAAAGAAAUUAAAACCACAAACACGCACAAUGCACCUGCAUCCACCUGAUGAACUGUGAUGGGCAGAAGGGGAUUGCCAUUAUCACAUGGCGGUCCAGUCUCUGGAACCAAUAGGGACGAACGGUGUCUCAAAAUCCGAGCCUCUGUCCACUCAGCAGACGCAGGGGUCAUAGUUAGAUAGAUGGGCUGGGGUGGUUGACUCUGUAGGCUUGGGUGUAAGCAGGAGCUCAGCUUCAGUUGAGUUGUAAGGAUAUAUAUCGUUCUUCGAUUCACAAAACUAUCUUUGAGAAAUAUGUUGUCCUUCUAAGCCAAAAGUCCUAGUACCUGGUCAGUCCAAUGUCAAGCAAGAAGAAAUCUGUUUUGUAAGGUGGAAGAUAUACCUGUAUUAUGACCAUGUGUUGGAACUGAGCCGAGAGGCAACGUGCAGUGUUUUGAUGGGCUCGCAAAAACUGAACGAAUCUUUUAUCAUCUGGAGUCUUGUUUCUCUGACGACCCAGUGGGACACCUGACAUUUUUGCCUUACAUCACACUCGCAUUCUGCCACGUUGGCGCAGGGCAUCAGCAUCCCUCAACCUUUUUUUCUGUUCUGGCUUUGCAUUCCUUUUGCUGGAGUUAAUCAUUCUGGUGUUAUUUUACUUCCAGUCGCCAUCUUGUGGCCAAAUCAGUGUGUACAGAACAUUGAAGGGAAAAAAAUGAGAAACAGAAAUAAAAAUAAACAAAUGUCCAGUAAACUGCUCUGUUGUAUUUAAAUCAUUUGUACAAAGUAGUAAUCAACAGAUUGUUUUUUUUUUUUUUUUUUUAAAAUAUCUCACUUUUUUCUGCUUGCAUAUUUAAGUUAUUAAUUUUCAUUAAUAAAAGCUAUUUUUUCACCA